AUGGAGGAGGCGGGUUGCGGGGCGCAGUUCCGCGCCGCCGUUCAGGUUAUCCAAGGGCUGCCCCGGAGCGGUUCGUACCGGCCCUCCUAUGAGGAGAUGCUGCGUUUCUACAGCUACUACAAGCAGGCGACAGCGGGGCGCUGCCAAGGCCCGAGGCCCGGCUUCUGGGACCCCAUCGGCCGGUACAAGUGGGAUGCCUGGCACAGCCUGGGGAGGAUGUCCAAGGAGGAGGCGAUGGCGGCUUAUGUGGCUGAGAUGAAGAAGGUGGCCCAAAAGGUCAUUGACACGGUGCCCAUGGAUGAGACGACGGAGGAGAUGUUUGGGUACUUCGAGCCACUCUAUGAGGUGAUCCACGACAUGCCCCGGCCCCCCGAGGCUUUCUUCAAGAGGAAGGGGCAUCCAAGGGAGCAAGGGGCUGGACGUGGUGGUUCAGAAAGGUCGAGCAGCCCGACUCUGGAGCGCCCCAAAGACACCCUGCCUGGGGAGCAGUGGAACGGGGAGCACAUGCCAGGAGGUGGGCUGGCUCCUGCCGCUGAGGUGCUUGAGGGCAGCCAGGUGACCAGUGACUCCGAGGGGGACGUGUACUGCGAUACCCUGGAGCAGAUGGAGCCUGAGCAGGCUGGGCAGCCGCUGGGUCUCUCCCUGAACAGCGUCCAGGCCGGGCCUGAGCCCCCAACGCCCCGCGGCGCUGGGCGGGGAGAGCAGGGUGAAGGCAGAAGACUAGAGGGGAGGAGCAGCGCUGGCCUUGCAGCCCUUGGCUCUGAGAGAGAUCUCCGGCUUGCCGGGGGAGAGCAGGACACGGGGAGCGCCCCCGAGCUCGCCCAGGGGCUGCCGGCAGAGCUGGAUGCCCACAUGGCCGGCAUCGUCCGAGCCCUGCAGGAUGACAUGCGGCGAGUGCUGGAGCGCCUGAGCGAGCUGGAGAUGUUCGCCUCCGCGCAGGGGGACGCAGCUGGGACCCACCCUGGUCAGCCGCUUGCUCCGCAGGCAACGUCCCUGUGGCCCCUGACCGUCUCCCCACACACCCUGCUCUUCCUCGUCACCUGGCCCUUCGUCACCCAGUGGCUGCUGCGCUGCUGGCAGGGCAGGAAGAGGUGACCGCCGCAUCACCGCCACAUCACCGCCGGCCCCGAGAUGGGGCGCGGGACAGCCCCGCCGGGCUGCCGCCACCCCUCCUUCCCCGUCCUGCUUAGCACGAGCCGGGGAAGCGCCACGGGAUCGACGAGGGAAUCGCCUCACCCAGCCACGGGGUCUCCUGCGGGCCGGGACCCCAGCCCCGAGGGAGGGGGAGCCACCGCGCACCGCUGAUUGCCACCGUCACUCUCAGGGUCUCGCCAGCACCGCCGGGAUGGCAAAGGGACCGGCCGUCCACGGGGAGCGGGGCGUGGGAUCGCCCCUGCGCCCCAAACGGGAUCCCGGGGGAUCCCCUCGCUACCGCGCACAGAUGGACCGGCCGCCCGCCGGCACCGCGGCCCCGGCGCUGGGCGGGUGGGGGGGGACAGCCACCGUCCCCGUCCCCAGAGACCGGUUCCAUGGAGUGCUUGAACAUCCGAACCUGCCUGAAUUAAAGCUGCCUC